CAAAACCAAAAACCAAGAUAAGUACUUGUAUAACUUUGGCUAAUACCCUAACCUAAAGCUAUUUAAAAGUUGUUUUUUUUUCUGAGUAGUAUGAAAAAUGAAGAGUAAUAUGAUUAAAAUGGAUCUCAAGAUAAUCAGUAUACCCCUACAGAAGUUACAUACAAGGUGAAUGUUUCAUUCUGGUUAAAUCAAGUCAUCCUGCUGUCAUUAGAAAUCUCAGAGGUUCAGCCUUGUGGAAGGAUUUAAAGGCAACACUUCAACAAUAAUCGGAUUAGAAGGACUUGCAUAGCUACAUGGUCUAAAAAAGAGAUAAAAGAAACCAGAACUCAAACUCGCCACAAAGAAAGGCAGUGACCUGAGUGGUGCAGAAUCAACACGCUGUUCUGAGACUUUGAUUUUGAGAAUUAUCUAAAGUAGGGAUGCCUGCAGAUUUCAAUGGUUACUGGAAAAUGGUCAGCAAUGACAAUUUUGAGGAGUAUCUGAAAGCACUCGAUGUAAAUGUUGCUGUAAGAAAAAUAGCAAACUUGCUAAAACCUGACAAAGAAAUCCUUCAGAAUGGGGAUCAUAUGAUCAUUAAAACGCUAAGCACUUUUAGAAACUACAUCAUGGAAUUUGAUGUAGGAAAGGAGUUUGAGGAGGAUUUGGCUGGGGUGGAUGAUCGCAAAUGCAUGACCACCGUAUCUUGGGAUGGAGAUAAGCUGCUUUGUGUACAGAAUGGAGAAAAAGAAGGUCGUGGUUGGACCCAGUGGAUUGAAGGAGAUGAAAUGCACCUGGAAAUAAGAGUGUGUGGCGUCAAGUGUAAGCAAGUCUUUAAGAAGGUACAGUGAUCCUACAGCUGAGACAGAAGUGAAGAAUGGUAGAAUUUACAGAUUUACCACCAAAUCUCCAAAUGCUAGUAAUGAACAACAUCAGUGACAAGAGCAAACACAGAAAUGAAGAUCACAUUAGAACUGUAUAGUUAGAAUAAAAUUUUUUUAACAAAUCAUUUUAAAGACAUAACUGCAAAUAAAA